UCAUUGGCCAGAUCGUUUGAAGUCAGGUUGACCACGCUCUCAUUCUUCACGGUCUCAGGUUGAAAAUAGCUAGUAAUGGCGUCACCGUCGUCUCCACCACCUUCUCCGACAUUGUCGUGCAGCUCUUCGUUCUCGUCUGCACCACCGUUGUCUAAGUUCGGUUAUCUCCCCGUGAUGGCUUUCAAGGAGAAAAUCGUUGAGAAAGUUAUGCAGAAUCGCGUCACGCUUAUUGUCGGGGAAACCGGCUGUGGGAAGAGCUCUCAAGUUCCACAGUUCCUCUUGGAAGAAAACUUGGCUCCCAUUUUGUGUACACAGCCAAGGAGGUUUGCUGUUGUAGCUGUUGCUAAAAUGGUUGCAAAAUAUCGUAAUUGUGAAUUGGGUGGAGAGGUUGGAUAUCAUAUUGGUCAUUCAAAGCUAUUUUCAGCAAGAUCGAAGAUAGUUUUCAAAACUGCUGGAGUAUUGUUGGAGGAAAUGCGAGAUAAAGGGCCGAAUGCUCUCAAGUACAAAGUUGUUAUUCUUGAUGAAGCGCAUGAAAGAUCUGUUGAGUCCGACCUUGUUCUUGUUUGCAUAAAGCAAUUUUUAAUUAGGAACAAUGACCUCAGGGUGGUCUUAAUGUCGGCAACUGCUGAUAUUACAAGAUACAGGGAAUACUUCAAUGAUCUCGGUAGACACGAAAGAGUCGAAGUGCUGGCAAUCCCAAGCUCAAACCAGAAAGCCAUUUUCCAGCGAAGUGUUUCAUAUCUUGAGCAGGUGGCUGAUUUUCUUGGAAUAAGCUCAGAGUUAAUAUCAUUGAGAUAUUGUUCUGGUCCAAGCCCUUCUAUGGCAGAUGCCGAAAUUAAGCCUGAAGUGCACAAACUCAUUCAUGAUUUAGUAUUGCACAUUCAUGAAAAGGAGCCUGACAUUGAGAAGAGCAUUUUGGUUUUUCUUCCAACAUAUUAUGCCCUGGAGCAACAGUGGAACCUUCUUCACUCUUUUAGUUUAUCCUUUAAGAUUCACAUUUUACACCGCAGCAUCGACACGGAACAAGCACUUGCUGCUAUGAAAAUAUGGAAGUCACAUCGUAAGGUAAUAUUGGCAACAAAUAUUGCAGAAUCAUCUGUGACAAUACCCCAAGUUGCCUAUGUCAUUGAUUCAUGCCGCUCUUUACAAGUCUUUUGGGACCCUGCUGGGAAAAAAGAUGCUACUGAGCUCGUUUGGAUUUCUAAGUCUCAGGCUGAGCAACGAAGAGGGAGAACUGGUAGAACUUGUGACGGCCAUGUAUAUCGGUUAGUUACAAAAUCAUUUUUCAGUGAGCUUGCAGAUUAUGAGUGUCCAGCUAUACUGAGGUUGUCGCUGCGACAACAAGUGCUGCAAAUUUGCUGUUCUGAAUCCAAAAGUAUUAAUGAUCCCAAGGAAUGGUCCCUAAUAGCUGGUCUCUUUAUGUCAGUGCUGUUGCGGAAAGCUCUGGACCCACCAGAUCCUGCAGUUGUCGCAAAUGCAUUGGAUUUGCUUGUUCAUUUGAAAGCACUAGUAAUAACAUCUCCAAGGGGCCGAUAUGAGCCUACAUUUUAUGGGCGGUUGCUUUCCAGUUUCUCAUUAUCCUUUGAUGCAGCUGUGCUUGUGCUCAGGUUUGGGGAAGUUGGAAUGUUGCGUGAAGGCAUUGUGUUGGGUGUAUUGAUGGAUACUGAACCUCGACCAAUUCUUCGUCCUUUUGGGGAUGAUCUUUUGUUUACAGAGUAUGUAAACCACUACUUUAGUGGGGAUGGUAACAACACUGCCAUAACUGGCCGAAAGGAGGUUCAGUUCAUGGGAAACUUAUGUGCAUUUCAGUUUUGGCAACGUGUGUUUAAGGAUAAGCACCGUCUUGAGCAUUUGAAACAACUUUUGAGGUUCGAGGAAAUUAAAGCGACAACUCAAUUGCAAUACAAGAUUGAGGAAGAAUGGUGUUCUUUCCACAAUCUUGUGCAGUCAUCAUUGCACCAUGUCUCUGAAAUGUAUGAAGAUAUACUAAAUUCAGUGCACCGCUUUCGGCCUAAAUUUCUGGCCGCAUCUAAUGGUCUACCGGGCUACUAUUACCCGUAUGAAUUUGAGCACACCUGUCUUCUAUGUCAACCAGGUAGAGAAACAGAAGCACUUGCUGCAGAUGAUGAACAUCUUGAUCAAUUGUCUGAAACAAAGAAGUGUGUUGCCACACCAUUUGUUGCUUCCAAUCACUUUCAAGCCAAUGACGUGGUCAAGAAGUUGGCAGACAUUGUAAAAGAGAUACGAACUCAGUAUGCUGGAGACAUUUCUGGUAAUCACAAUACAAUUUUUGGCAAUGAUGACUCGUAUUACAAUGGAGGUACUCCUCUAUGCGUGUUUUUUGUCAAGGGAUGUUGUAGUAUGGGUAGCCAGUGCAGAUUCUCUCAUUUUCUUGAAGCAAAAAGACCUGUCUGCAAAUUCUUUUUCACUUUGCAGGGUUGUAGAAAUGGAGAAUCAUGUUCAUUUUCUCACGAUGUUCAUCACUCUUCAACCUUACCUGGCUCAACCACAUGCCUUCCGGAGGAUGGUCCUGCUAAUGCUAUGUCCCUUCUGCAAUUACUGCCAGCACCUGCAGCUGGAAGCGUUCUUUUGUUGGAUGACACUGAUAUGCAUUUCACCUCAAACCUUGCUCGUUUCUAUGAUCCAUCUAGAAUUAUCUCUACAACUUGUCUGACAGAAAAAUACAUAAAUGAGGUAUCAUUGUCUGGGGUCAGAAUCCACUGGGGCCUCCACCACCCUUACCAGACCAUCAUUUCCGAUGGAGUGGAAAACCCAAUUCCAUGGGAUGAGGUCAAGCUUGUCCUUUGGUUUCCUAGUCUAGAUGGAUAUAACGAAACUUUGGAUAAGCAGAAAAUUCUUGUGCAGAGUUUCUUUGAGUAUCUAGCCCUCCGAAUAUUGGGUGAUGCCCUCCAUGAAUUGAAGGUCAUCCUUACUGUUAACAACAUCAAAUUUUCACUACUAGAGGUGGAAAGGCUGGCAAGAGACAGCUUCUUCUUCCUUACCAAGUCAUUCCCAUUUGAUGAAACAAGCUUUGGAGAGUUGCCAAACAGAUCCACCUUUUACAAGCCAAUGGUGCAAUCAAGACCCAUAUCAUAUGUUUUCGACCUUCAUCCUCCUACUGACAUCCAAUUUGGUGAAUAUGCAGCAGUGCUUCACAAACAUCUACAUAGUACAUCAUAGAACAUCUGAGGCUUUAUGGAUUUGUGGGGCAGUUCAUAGUAUGAAUGUUGAUUGCAUAAAUAAAUCUAAUCAUUUAUU